AUGGCCUGUAUGAUGGCCGCUUUCUCGGUUGGCACUGCCUUGAACGCCAGCAGCUAUUCUGCAGCGAUGACCAUGACAGAGCCCAAGUCAGUGUGCGUCUCGGUGGAUGAGGUGGUCUCCAGUAACGUGGACACCACCGAGAAGGACCUGCUGAACGGGCACCUGAAAAAAGUGGACAACAACCUGACAGAGGCCCAGCGCUUUUCCUCGUUGCCUCGGAGGGCGGCUGUCAACAUUGAAUUCAAGGACCUUUCCUACUCGGUCCCCGAAGGACCCUGGUGGAGGAAAAAAGGAUACAAGACCCUUCUGAAAGGAAUUUCUGGCAAAUUCAGCAGCGGGGAGCUGGUGGCCAUCAUGGGUCCCUCUGGGGCUGGGAAGUCCACGCUCAUGAACAUCCUGGCCGGAUACAGGGAGACCGGCAUGAAGGGGGCCAUCCUCAUCAACGGCAUGCCCCGGGACCUGCGCAGCUUCCGGAAGGUGUCCUGCUACAUCAUGCAGGACGACAUGCUGCUGCCGAACCUCACGGUGCAGGAGGCGAUGAUGGUGUCUGCACAUCUGAAGCUCCAGGAGAAAGAUGAAGGCAGGAGGGAGAUGGUCAAGGAGAUCCUGAUGGCUCUGGGCUUGCUGUCUUGUGCCAACAUGCGCACUGGAAACCUCUCGGGCGGGCAGAGGAAGCGCCUGGCCAUUGCGCUGGAGCUGGUGAACAACCCUCCCGUCAUGUUCUUCGACGAGCCAACCAGCGGCCUGGACAGCUCCUCCUGCUACCAAGUGGUCUCCCUGCUGAAAGGGCUGGCUCAAGGAGGGCGGUCCAUCAUCUGCACCAUCCACCAGCCCAGCGCCAAGCUCUUCGAGCUGUUUGACCAGCUUUAUGUCCUUAGUCAAGGACAAUGUGUGUACCGGGGAGAGGUCUCCAAUCUUGUACCAUAUUUGAAGGAUUUAGGUCUGAACUGCCCAACCUAUCACAACCCAGCCGAUUUUGUGAUGGAGGUGGCGUCUGGUGAGUACGGCGACCAGAACAGCCGCCUGGUGCGAGCCGUCCUCGAGGGCAUGUGCGACUCAGACUACAGGAGAGAGCCUGGGGGGGAUGCCGAGGUGAACCCUUUCCUCUGGCACCGGCCCCCUGAAGAGGUAAAGCAGGCAAAACGAGUGAAGGGGCGGAGAAAGGACUCCCCCUCCACCGAAGGCUGUCACAGCUUCUCCGCCAGCUGCCUCACCCAGUUCUGCAUCCUGUUCAAAAGGACUUUCCUGAGCAGCUUGAGGGACUCGGUCUUGACGCACCUGCGGGUCGCCUCGCACAUUGUCAUCGGCUUCCUCAUCGGCCUGCUCUACCUGGACAUUGGGAACGAAGCCAAGAAGGUCCUGAGCAACUCCGGCUUCCUCUUCUUCUCCAUGCUGUUCCUCAUGUUCGCGGCCCUCAUGCCCACUGUGCUCACGUUUCCCCUGGAGAUGGGUGUGUUCAUUCGAGAGCACCUGAAUUACUGGUACAGCCUGAAGGCCUACUACCUGGCCAAGACCAUGGCCGAUGUCCCCUUCCAGAUCUUGUUCCCGGUGGCCUACUGCAGCAUCGUGUACUGGAUGACAUCCCAGCCAUCCGACACUGUGAGGUUCAUCCUGUUUUCUGCCCUGGGCACCAUGAUCUCGCUGGUGGCGCAGUCCCUGGGCCUCCUGAUCGGAGCUGCCUCCACGUCCCUGCAGGUGGCGACCUUCGUGGGCCCCAUGACGACCAUCCCCAUCCUUCUGUUCUCGGGGUUUUUCGUCAGCUUUGACACCAUCCCAACCUACCUGCAGUGGAUAUCCUACAUGUCCUAUGUCAGGUACGGGUUCGAAGGGGUCAUCUUGUCCAUCUACGGCCUGGACCGCGAGGACCUGCACUGCGACACUGACGAGACCUGCCACUUCCAGAAGUCGGAGGCCGUGCUGAGAGAGCUGGACGUGGAGAACGCCAAGCUCUACCUGGACUUUGUCGUGCUGGGCAUCUUUUUUGUCCUCCUGCGCCUCAUCGCCUACUUUGUCCUGCGGUACAAGAUCCGGGCCGAGAGGUAAAGCACCCCAAAGCCGGAGGAGAGGAAAAGUAGACACUGCCGCCGAGGGCGACUUGUAGGAUCGCGGCGGCGAGCCUGUGCCUGCGGACACAGGGAUGACUGUGACUCAACCCCUGGCCACCGCGUCUGGUCCGCGGGCGCCAGGCGUGCGACAGUUCCGCCCGGGGGUCGGGUCCUCUCCCCACUGCCCUUUCCAGCUUGCACCGGGAAGACGGUGUAGAAAGGAUGAUUCCCACGCGCAGAAUUUAAACUCCCACAGCUGGGGCGGAAUUUAAACCUGCAACGGAGCUGGUGACAAGAGGCCUCCUCGGUACGCUGCCCCCGGGAGCCGGGAGCUCUGGUCCCGGACGGGAAGGGGGCGCGGGCGGCCUCGCGGCUGGUCACCGCGCAGUCAGACGUCGCGCCGGGGGGACAGGCCGAGAAGGAAGCGAUUCCACUUCCCGCCUUGGUUUUCACUGUUUUUCUGCAGUUAGUCUCUUUUUCCAAUAAGGGGUCAUUUCCAAGCCCCAAAUCGGCGCAUUUCAGUCACUUUAAGAAACUGUCUUUUUAGUGCUUGUUGAAGCGACGGUUCUGGGUUCCCUGGCUUCACCGAGAGGCAGACCCUGUGCAAGUGCCACUGCCAGCUCCGGGUGGAGGGGAGACUCGGGAACUGUAUGCGCUGAGUUUGCAAAAAUCCUAGGAAGUUGUACAAGUUGGAAGGCGACGCUGGCCAGCUCUUUCGAAGUCUUAUAUUUUCCCCCAUGCUUUUUAUUUUAAGCAAAAUAUAUCAUUUCUUUCUUCCUAA